CCGCUGUCAGCAUUUAGCCCGUUCAAAUAACAGCGUUAUAAAACCCGGCAAUAGCACAAACGCCGGCGGCAAUAAAGGUAAGCCAAGACCGCUACGCGAGAGCUACGCGAGAGACAUCGACCCCUCCUCUGUCAUCAAGACGCGUGGAUUGUGAACAACCUCACGCCAGUUGCCACCAUGUUAGAGGUAGGCGGACCCGCAGCGGACGCCACGGAGGGGAACGACGAGACGUGGAUUGGCAUCGCCGAUCCCAACCUCCGACGCAGGCUGCAAAACCGAUUGAACCAGAGAGAAAGCAGGCGGAGGAAAGCUGCAGAGCGGGCAGCGGCAGGAAAAGUCCAGGCACUAGAACAGGGUGUUGAGAUCCAUCUCCGCCAAGUUGCAUCACGACCACUCGUGCCCCAUCUUUGUAAUGACACUGCAUCCUCGAGAGACAGCUCGUCUUCGGGCAGCUCGGAGUCGGGGACCCUUGCUAGCGAAGUCAGUGGGGACAUAUGUCCAGCACUGCCGGAUGAUAUGGUUGGAGUAGAAUAUGUGGGUAGCGGUACACAAGAUGUUAUGGCUCUCUCUCGGCACUCAGCCGAUGUACCUCGGGCUCCCAACAUCAAUCAUCUUCUUGAGCCUAUAUCAUGUGUUGCCGAUGCUCAGAGGAUAUGGCACUAUGCGUUGACUAUCAUACUGCCGACUCUGGGUGUCAAGACCCGAGAGGGGGAGCCACUGCACGAAGCUCUCUACCGGUCUGCCACCUUGGAACCCGCCGUCUUCUACGCCACUCUAGUUGGGGGUGCGACACAACGUCUUACCCUAACGCAGUCCCAAGAGGACGCCCGAGUCCUUCUGAUUGCACAAAACAAGACAGCUGAAGCUGUACGCGAAUCUUUGGCAAAGGGAACAAUAUCAGACGGCACCCUGUUUGCUAUAAUGUCCCUAGGGCUGAAAGGGAAUGAGUCUACCACAUCAAUACCCGUGGCAAAAAGGUACCAAGGUGGCUUUUCGUCGCCAGUCCGAAAUAUUGGAGGACUCAACUGGCUAGGACAACUUCAGUUCGCCACUACCCAUGCGUCCAUGUGGAUCCAGCUCCUCCGAGAUCGAAUGACGCAGGGAAGCAACAUGCCAGGACUUCCUGACUACCUGAAGCUGUCAGAUCUCUAUCGCGCAAGCUUGAGCCUGGCACGCCCCGGGUUAGACCUGUAUGAUUACACAAGUCUUUCCCGAGAUGGUGACGCCAUUCAAUUCUUUGGAUCAUGGGAAGCCGAUAGCUUCGACGUACAUGAUGCUCUGAAGGAAGUCGUCACAGACAUGUGGAUCUGCUGCCAACUUAUUAAACAAAAGUUUUACCAAAAUGGAGACCUGAACUACUUCAUCCGCCUACGCAAUGAUAUACAGCACCGACUCCUGUGCCUUCCUCCCGACCAAGACAAGGUUGAGCUUCUUGCAAUAAUGAUUUUUAGCUACGGCGUCAUAUUUCCAAUCUCCGAUCCAUGGCCCCUCAGUAAACUCACAAAAAAGCUAUAUUUUGAGAUUCUAGAUGAGCUGGCUUUUACGGAUGCGAGAAGACAAUUUCUGCUUUGGGCGUCGGUCAUGGGUGGCAUUGCCGCCUGGGGAGGAGAAUUCCAGGACGUUUACACUCUACUUGUGGCAAAGCAUGCCAAAUCACUUGGGAUUGAGGGCUGGGAUCAAGCCAUCGAGAUCCUUGAUAAAUUUCUCUGGUUACAUACGGCAUGUUACACUGGGGGGCAGUUGGUUUGGGGCAAGGCUUUGAUGUAUAUUGAAACGACGACAUGAUUCAAACACUGGAGAAGAUCUAUCGGCACAAGAAUCAGAUCCCUAAAAGCGUGUACCUCUUUGUUUGCGGCUAUUUAUACCCGAAAUAAAAAACUA